AUGCACAAGGUAUCGCGAACCUCACUCGCCUCCCUCGUCUGUCCAUCCGCCCCGUUUCUUGCGCCUCGUCUUCUUCGCACUGCGGCCACGUACGCAACGGCAAGGGAGGGGAGAGGCAGUGCGGGAAAGACAGGCCCCAAGGAGAGCAAGGGACUCAUCAGAAAGAUUAAUCCCAAGGAGAGCAAGGCACCCAUCAGAAAGGUUGAUCCCAACAAGGCAAAAUCAAAGUCUUUUCCUCUUCCUUCUCCUCGUCUGGACCCGGAAGAAUAUCAAACAGUCCGCCUAGUCAGCAAGUUCCGAGAAGCCUGCCAUGUCCGAAAUGUCCAGCUUGUCAUGGAACUCUACCCCACGCUACUCGCGGCAAAAGUCUUGAAUAGCUACGACACGCGACGCAUCACCCAAGUCCUUCACGUGCGCAUACGCAACGAGCACAGUCCGAGCAAGCGAGACCAACUCUUUCCUUUCGUCCAGCAGUUGGUAAGCCAUCUACGUCAAGGAACAGUCGAGCCGCACCCCUUCGCAUUCGUCCAUCUGUUCGGUAUCUACAAGGACGCCAAGCGCUUCCAUGAGGGCUAUGCACUCUGGGAAUGGCUGGUCCAACAAGACGAGCGCUACGUGUCGCAGGCUGUCUAUGGCGCUGCAAUCGAACUCAUGGCAUAUGGAAGACUCAAGCCUCUGCCCUUGUUGGAGGAUCUGUACAACGACGGACUGAAGCGCUUCCCAGGCACCUUUGCUGAGUAUCAUCUCUCGCCUGACGCCAUCGUGCCCGACCGCACCCAGCUUACUACAAUCUCCGGUAUUCCUACUCUCCUUCUCCAGGGCAUACUCACCGCUCGCAUACUGGCUAGUGAUUGGAAACGGGCUUAUCUGGCGCUCGACACUGCACUCCGUAUCUUUCCCACACAGACCCCACCCCGCUAUUUUGAGCUCUUCAUGACCGAGAGGCCUAUAUCUGAAGGAUACACGGCCUUUAUGCUAGCUUGCCGUGCUGGUGUCGCUAUGAGGCCAACUCACGUUACUGCGCUCAUUACCAAGCUGCGAGCUGCCAUGGGAGCGUCACAAUCUAUGGCUGAUCGUGUCAUGCUUCUCCGAGCCAUUGCGAACGCCAUGUAUGGCUACUUGGAGGCUGGAGAAACUCUCCAAGCCAUUCACGUCGGGUCAUUCCUCCGUGCUUUUGAACUGUUGCUACCAGAACCCAUCGGCGGCGAAGAUUAUGUUGGAGAAGGAGCAGAGAUGCGCGACAUCCUGGCAGUUACAGCACAUGAGAUUAUGUCGGAUCUGAUUCAAGCUGGUAUGCCACCCGAGCUUCAAUCAUUGCAGGCUCUCAUCUCGAUAUCGGGUAAGCUACGCGUGCCAAGUCUACUGAGUGCCACCCUUCAAGACAUUGAAGCGGCAGGUUUUGAGCUUGGGCCUAUCGAGAGACGAACGAUCAUAACAUCGGCCGGGUUACUCAAGGACAAAAAGUUACUUGAGCAGUAUUGGUCGCUUGUUGUGUCAGAUGCAGAGGCGAACAGUGCACAAAUACCAUUUGAAGACUGGAUUACUUUCACCAAGGCAUGUAGACGAGCCGAUCAUAGUGAUUACUUCCGAAGUCAGCUUUUGAAGUUGCCAUAUGCCAUCGACAACAACACUGAGCGCUACAUCAUUCAACAAAUCGACAUGCCAGAGACGUCCGCACUCAACUACAGAUACCAAUACAUGAGCGUCAAGGAAUUGACAACGGAGCUGGAUGCACUCAAGACUCAGAUGAAGGACAUUGAAACCGUUGUUAUGUCCGGACAACGACUCAAUCUCCAUGCAUCCCCACUAUACAUGCAUUUGGACCCCCAACACCCUUCUCUGGGUCGUGAAGAGGAUCUACGAUCGGUAUACAACGAGCUCACUACUGAUCCACACCAACCGCCUCCACCACCAGCCACACCUGAUUCACCUGUUCAGCCCGCAGUGAGUCCAACCGGCAUACCCCUGGAUGACCUCCGAUUUCAGAAUUGGGUCACCGUCCACGAAAUGAUGGACACAGCUGCCGACUACGAGUCUGAUCUUCUUUAUGCCGUUGACACCGCCAUCAAGGCUGGCACCCCGCUAAAAGGCACCCCAGAACUUUUGCAUUUGCGUAAAGAAGACUCGACACCGCGAUCUCGCACCGAUCUGAGCAUGAUGAUAAAAGAGCUCAGAGCGAGUCGCCGCGAAGACUUGAAAAUGUUCAGAAACGUUGCCUCAGACGACCUUUACAAGAUGAAGAUCACUAAACACAUUGCCAACGAUGAGGGAGAGACCGCCGUAGCGGGUGAAAAGGGAGCGCAAAAGAUCAGAAAGUAUGUUGGCCUAGAGUCGUAUCAUGACGCCCCUGCUAGUUUGAUACGUCAGGUAAAGGUAUCAGACAGGAAGGCCUAG